UCCACAGAAUAACAUAGCGGCGCGUAUCAUCGUCUUCAUCAGUAGAUGCAGUAGCCGCACACAUCAUACCAAUUAACAAAAGUGAACAACGAUGAAGCCUCCGAUCCCGUUAUCAACGACGAUGAUAGCCAUAACCCUAGCAACAGCAACACUAUCUCUCUCCAUCAUCCCCACCUCCUCAUGGCAAAUCCUCUCCUCCCACAAUUUCACUUCCCAGAUCCAACUCCACCAACACAUCCUCCUCCUCCUCACUCUCCCUUGGUCCGGCGAAUCUCGUUCCCUUAUGAACGAUAUCUCGCUCGCAAUCUCCAAUAAACCACAAGAAUUUCAAAAUCUUAAACUAAUGUUCAUGUACAUCAAUAAUGAAAAAACGCUAACGGAUUCAAUUGGUGUUAGUGUUGAUGGAAUGGUGAAUGUUGUUUAUUUUCAUCAUUCUGUGGGGUAUAAGUAUUCAGGGAGACUUUCGGCGAGAAAUGUGUUGAAUUCGGUGCAUCGUUAUGUUAUAGUUGCGCCUGAGGAGGUUCCUUUUAAAGUGAUUGAUAGUGGGAAGGAUUUUGCGACGUUUGUUGAUUCGGCUGAUGUGAGUAUUGUUCUUGUUGAUUUUUGUGGGUGGACGCAGAAAUUGUUAGCUAAGAGUAAGAAAUUCAAUGGAACGCAAAAUGGCACUAUUGGGCUUCACCAUGUAAUGGGCUUCAGUGGAGAGAAUGAUAGAAUACUGGCGUCAAAGGGGAAGACUAACCAGAAGGUUGCUGAGGAGGGCAUGUGCAAGGCCGAGCACAACAUCAAUAAAGGAUUUUGUGAAGUUCCUUCGCUUGGGGAAUUUACAUCAGUUAAUGAUGGCCGUUUGGAGGGCUUCAAGGAUCAGAACAGUCAUAAUCUAAACCCCUGUUCAUUUGAAGAAUUUGAGCGUUUCCACUCUUUCUACGAGAAAUUCAUGAAUGCCGUGAAGGAAUUCUUUCUGCCUUCUGAACGUCAUAGAUUUGGUCUAGUUUCCGAUAGGGCGAUGCUUUCAUCCUUAGGUGUUGCUGAUUCUGGUUCAUGGUUUGCAGUUCGCUACCUAGCUGGAUGUUCAAGUUGUUCACAUAUUCUUAAAGAAGAGGCUGACUUGAACUAUGUUUUGCAGAGAAAUAAUUAUUUUGUCAAAGAGUUGGAAGGCAAUGAUCACAAUCAAGAAGCCACUAUUUCAGCAAAUAAGCCGUCAGUACUUCUAUUUGUUGACAGAUCAUCUGACUCCUCAGAAACUAGGGGAAAGAGUAUGGAAGCUCUUAAAGCUCUUAGAGUAUUGGCACAACACUAUCAUGCGAAUCAAAUAGAUACAAAGAAUAAUGAUAAUCACAAGAAAGUUUCUAUCCGAAAUUAUCGCGGCACAAAGAGUACACCUGAUCUUCUUAAGUCAAAUUCGGUGAUGAAAGCUCAGAAGAUUAAACUAAACAAGAAGAUAUCUUCCAUCACGAUUAUUAAUGAAGGUAAACAAGUUGGUGUGGAUAAUGUAGCUUCUGAUCUACAAGUGAGUUCUUUGAAUGAGUUAUUGAGUUACAUUGUCCAGCAAAAGAAGGAUGGAAAACUAAGUUCUCUAGCAAAGGAUUUAGGUUUCCAACUUUUAUCCGGUGAUAUUGACAUUAGUUCAGCUAAUACACAACAACAAUUGCAUUCAGAAGUUCAGUCAAAUCAAAUUUCAGCAGAAACUUCUCAAGAAGAUCAUACAGGUAGUACUGCAAUGACAGAAGGCUAUCCAUAUAAAUCUGCUAUAGAGCCUGGGAAAAAUCCCAAACUGGUCGUGCUAUCUUCUCAGCAUGAAGUCAAGAAAUCUUCUAUUGUCACCAGUGAAGAGACAAAAGCAGUGAAAUCUGAAGAAUCCAUCAUAGAUCACGGACUUCCUAGUGCAAAAAUUAUUCAAUCAGAAAUAGAUAGUUCCACCGAUGGUUCUUCUGAUGGAAACAAUAAUGGAAAACAGGAUUAUUUUCUUGGUUUUAAUGGUUCUUUUUUCUAUUCUGAUGGUAAUUAUCAAUUGCUUGAAAGGCUCACUGGUACUUCUAGAAUUCCGUCUUUGGUCAUAGUUGAUCCCUUUUGGCAGCAACAUUAUGUCUACCCUGAAGAGAAAAGUUUCAACUAUGCUUCAAUGUAUGGUUUUCUUUCUGAGUUUCUUAAUCGAACCCUGAUUCCAUAUCAAUGGUCAGAACAUGUUCUUCAAGGCCAAAGGGAGGCCAUGCGUCCUCCAUUUGUUAAUUUGGAUUUUCAUGAGGUGGAUUCUAUACCUCGAAUCACAGCUCAAGCUUUCUCUGAAUUUGUUAUUGGUUUCAACCAUUCUAACAAAGAAAACACUUCAAAUGCAUGGAAUAAAGAUGUCUUGGUCUUGUUUAACAAUAGUUGGUGUGCAUUCUGCCAGAGAAUGGAAUUGAUUGUUCGUGAAGUAUAUCGGGCCAUCAAGGGUCAUGUUGAUACAUUAAAGGGGGGAUCUGAUAAUGAAGAUUUUGAUUAUCUUAUGAUGAAGAUUCCAACAAUCUACUUAUUGGAUUGUACAUUGAAUGACUGCCAUCUGGUACUGAAGUCAGUAGAUCAGAGGGAUGUUUAUCCUGCACUGGUUUUAUUUCCUGCAGAAAAGAAGGAACCUCUUCUUUAUGAAGGAGACAUGGCUGUAGUUGAUGUUAUGAAGUUUGUAGCAGAACAUGGAAAUAACUUUAAUCAUCUUAUCAGAGAUAGAGCAGUUCUGUGGCUGUCUGAAACAGUAAUCAGGAAUCAAAACUUACGUGGUACUUUGCAAACUGAUGUCCAUGAGGAAUCACUUCAUACACGGAACAAGUAUGAUGGAGCCCUAGGUCAAGAUAAAAUACCGAAUCAGGUGGUCGAAUCUAACAUGAUAAAUUUACCAGUAUCAAAUGGAUGGCAAGAAACAUUGCCUCAUGUGGUGGUCGGUUCGGUGCUAAUUGCCACAGAAAAGCUUUUGGGGGUUGAUCCAUUUGAUGGAUCCAAGAUUCUCAUUGUGGCAGCGGAUCCAGCAACUGGAUUUCAAGGUCUUAUCAUUAACAAGCAUCUAAAAUGGACGAACUUGGAAGAAGACUUGGAAAAAUUGAAAGAGGCUCCUUUGUCCCUUGGGGGUCCAGUUGUGAAAACUGGAAUGCCUCUUUUAUCCUUAACCAGAACAGUUUCUGGAUAUAAUUUACCUGAAAUCCUACCUGGAAUUUACUUCCUUGAUUAUGUAGUGACAACUAGCAUAAUCCAGAAGCUGAAAUAUGCAAAAGAACCAGUUGACAGCUACUGGUUUUUCUUUGGGUACUCAAAUUGGGAAUGGAAUCAGUUGUAUCAUGAGAUGGCAGAAGGAGCGUGGAACUUGAGUGAGGAUGGAGCGAGACAUUUACAAUGGCCUUGACUAUCAUUUAUUCAUCAUCUUUACUGUACUAUUAACAUUGUGAUUGAUCUCAUUGUUAUUUAUAGAAAUAGUAUGACAGGCAAAAAUAGUAGAAAGUACCAUCCAGCAUACAGUGUGAUUAGAAAAAUGCAUGCCUUGGCAAGUCAACCAAAUUUUCUUUUGAAAUUGUUGCUUACACCAUGCCUAUAUGUGUUUGCAUGAUGUUCCUUUACACCAAGUCUUUUUCGAGAGUAAA